CUACUACAAUCCCCCUGGUGAAUGUGAAUGGCACUACAUGCCAUGUGGAUCUCCUUGUAUGAAAACCUGCAGGAACCCCUCUGGCAGCUGCUCUACACAGAUACCUCCUCUAGAAGCCUGUACCUGUACAUAUAAUGGAAACAAAUACCCACCUGGUAGUACCAUCUAUAACACAACAGAUGGUAAGUGCAUCACAGCAGUGUGUGGGAAGAAUGGUACCAUUGAUAAGAUGUCAUACCCAUGUGCAUCAACAACGCAUAUGCCCACUGCAACCACUACUACAGUCAGCCAGAUGCCAACCACCUUUGUUUUUACAUCAACCACUCCAGAGCCCACAUGUAAUCCUUGUCAAUGGUCACCCUGGUAUGAUACCAGCUUUCCCACACUGGGAACUCCAGGAGGAGACAACGAAACUUAUCAAAGGAUUCGAGAGGCAGGGCACAAGAUAUGCAAUACGCCUAGCCAGAUCCAGUGCAAAGCUGAGAAGUUCCCUAAUGUCACUAUUGACAAUGUGGGACAAGUAGUGCAAUGUAAUUUGGAUAAGGGGCUGACAUGCAGAAAUGAAGACCAGUCAGGACCACUGGUCUUGUGUUUGAGAAAAGAGAGGUAGAUCAUGCUGAAUCACAACAGGGGGAUGCCAGUUAUGGGCAGUGUACUGGAUUUUAAUGGUAAAAGAUAUGCAAUAGUUCAGUAAAACAAGACCUGGCAAAGCCAAAAAAAGAAGGUAAUAGCUGAAAAAUGUGGCAUCUGGUUGGGUGAAAGGACUAAGCCUAUGUGACAGAGGAGGAGGAAGGGCUGGAAAGAAGACCAAAGACUGAACCAGAAGAGGAUGCAUGUCUCUUUGUUAGUCUGAACCAACUGAGGACUGGUGUUCAGUGAGAAAUUCUUUGACUUUUAUUCAGUGAUUGAGAGCUAAACUAAAAUAACUUUAAUCAGGAUAAUAGCUUAGAUUGAUGUUUAGAAAUAGUAGUUGAUUAAUUUAAU